GUCACGGGUUGGGGGUCGGCUUCCGGGGAUCUGUUGUCUUGGUCGGGUGCGGUGUUUACUGUGGAGGAUCCUGCUGAACUGCACUGCUGGGAUGAUGAAUCGGACGACCCCGGGCCAGGAACGAGCGCCAGCUUCCGAGCCAGUGUGGGAGCGGCCCUGGUCGGUGGAGGAGAUCCGCAGGAGCAGCCAGAGUUGGUCGCUGGCAGCGGACGCAGGACUACUACAGUUUCUACAGGAAUUUUCACAGCAGACUAUCUCUAGGACCCAUGAAAUCAAGAAACAAGUAGAUGGACUGAUUCGGGAAACUAAAGCUACAGAUUGUCGCCUACAUAAUGUCUUCAAUGACUUCCUUAUGCUGUCCAAUACCCAGUUCAUUGAGAAUCGUGUAUAUGAUGAAGAAGUGGAGGAGCCAGUUCUCAAGGCUGAGGCAGAAAAAGCAGAACAGGAGAAGACCCGGGAACAGAAAGAAGUAGAUCUGAUUCCUAAAGUUCAGGAGGCUGUGAACUAUGGCUUACAAGUAUUGGACAGUGCAUUUGAACAACUAGAUAUAAAAGCAGGAAACUCAGACUCUGAGGAAGAUGAUGCUAAUGAGCGGGUGGAACUGAUCCUCGAACCAAAGGAUCUAUACAUUGAUCGUCCUUUACCUUAUUUAAUUGGGUCAAAGCUGUUCAUGGAGCAAGAAGAUGUAGGUCUUGGAGAGCUAUCCAGUGAAGGUUCAGUAGGCAGUGACCGUGGUAGCAUUGUGGACAGUGAAGAAGAGAAUGAAGAGGAGGAGUCAGAUGAAGAUUUCGCUAAUCAUAGUGACAGUGGUCAAAACCAGCACACUGAACAAAUGAGUGAUGAAGAAGAGGAUGAUGAUGGUUGUGACAUUUUUGCUGACUCUGAGAAGGAGGAGGAAGAUACUGAGGACAUUGAAGAAAAUACUAGACCUAAAAGACCCACAACCUUUGCUGAUGAGCUAGCUGCUCGGAUCAAGGGGGAUGCCACAAGGCAGAUGGGAGAGGAACAAAAAGGCUUAUCUCCUGGAGCAAAACCUCAGAAGACGUUGAAAGAGAAGAAGGAAAGGAAAACUCUCUCAGAUGAUGAAGAGGAUAACUUGUUCACACCCCCCAAGCUGACAGAUGAAGACUUCUCACCAUUUGGCUCUAGACAUGGCCUCUUCAGUGGAGGGAAGGGACUUUUUGAUGAUGAGGAUGAGGAGAGUGACCUCUUCACGGAAGCCCCUCAGAAUCAGGCGGCUCGGGCACCUGUUAGUGAAGUGUCUGCAUCCUCCAAACCUGGAAAGAAAAUCCCAGCAGGAGCAGUUUCUGUAUUUUUAGGGGACACUGAUGUGUUUGGUGCAACCUCUGCUCCAUCACUUACGGAUCCCCAGAAGCCCAAGCAGCCUACAUCAGGGAAAAGUUUGUACCUCCCAGCACCCACUGGCCUCUUUAACAACGAUGAUGGUGAUGAUGACUUUUUUGCAGCAUCCUGUAGCAAACCCUCCAAGACAGAAAAAGUCAAAUCCCCUGCCAAUAUCUUUGAUGAUGAAGAAGGAGAUCUGUUCAAAGAAAAGGCAGUAGCUUUGCCAGAAGCUAUGGUGAAUCAGACAGAUGAAUAUACAGCAAGAACAAAAAGAAAGGUCACCCUGUCUUCCAGCAACAGUCUUAAUCUCUUGUCAGAAAGAAAGACUCAAAAAGGUUUAUUUUCAGAUGAGGAAGAUACUGAGGAUCUGUUUUCCUCUCAAAAUGUGAAUAAGUCAAAAGAUGCAUCUCUCCUGCCUAGCAAACUCCCCACAUCAGUCUUGCUUUUUGAUGAUGAAGAUGAAGAGGAUAAUCUUUUUGGGGCUACAGCUGCUGAAAAGCAGAUAUCUCUACCAACUCAGAGCCAAGAGAAAGCAAAACCCUCAGAGCCCUCCAAAAAGAAGGCAUCUGCCUUAUUGUUCAGCAGUGAUGAGGAGGACCUGUGGAAUUUCACUGAUUUACAAACCAACUCAGCAUCUGACAUCAGGUCUAAAGGAGGAGAACUUAGGGACUCUGGGGCCACCCAGGAUCAGAAGACUAUGAAAAAGACCAGCCUCUUUGAGGAAGAUGAUGAAGAUGAUCUGUUUGUUAUUGCUAGGGACAGUCACAAGAAGACCCAGAGAGCAUCACUCCUCUUUGAAGAUGAUGCUGAAUGUGGAAGCUCUCUGUUUGGCUCUCCUCCCACAUCUGUUCCUCACACGACAAUGAAAAAAGAGACUUUCCCUGAGGUACCACCUUUGCUGUUCAGCAAUGAAGAAGAGAAGGAGGCACAAUUUGGAGUGAAACCUGUGGACAAGAAGGUUGAGAGUGCCAAAGGAUUGUCAGAAUUUGGGAGCACUCAUGUGGUUGAAGAGUCAGAAAAGGAAGGGCCUUUGAUUGUAUCUGCUCAGGAAGUAGUCAAGCAUUCUGAUUUAUUUUCUUCAUUACCUGGAUUGGACAAAGGAACCAAAAGUAGAACCAAAACUGUUCUUAGUUUAUUUGAUGAAGAAGAGGAGAAAACAGAAGAUCACUACAGCAUCCAACCUCUAAAGAAAGAAGUAGGAAAGAGUCCUGCUCCUGAUGCCCGCCCCAAGAGCACAGGUGUCUUUCAGGAUGAAGAGCUUCUUUUUAGUCACAAGCUUCAGAAGGACAAUGAUCCAGAUGUUGAUCUUUUCUCCAGUGCCAAAAAUACCAGGUUGUUAGAGCCAAGUGUUGGGAGCCUUUUUGGGGAUGAUGAAGAUGAUGACCUUUUCAAUUCUGCCAAGUCCCAGCCUUCGGUAGCAGAAAAGAAGAGGGCAGUGAAAAAAGACCACUCUGUUUGCUCUUUCAAGAACCAGAAACAGCCUGAAUCCAUUCAAGGUAUCAAAGAAAAUAGCAUAUGGAAACCGGAAACCCUUCAGGACUCAUCAGGUCCCGCCUCAUUUAAAACCAAAGAGCCAGCCCCUCGGAUUUGGAAAAUACAAGCAAAUUUAGCAAUUAACCCUGCAGCCUUGCUGCCUGCAGUGGCUCCUCAGAUCUCUGGAAAGAAUCCUGUUCUGUCAGAAUUGGGUUUUCCUUCGUCUGAACCUGGGAGAAUCCAGAGUCUGGAAAGUAUACGCACUCUUCCUGGGAGUGGGGAAGCCGGCGUGAGUUUUGAUCUUCCAGCUCAGGCAGACACUUUACACAGUGCAAACAAGAGCCGGAUCAAAGUAAGAGGGAAGCGUCGGCCACAGACCCGUGCAGCUCGGCGGUUGGCUGCCCAGGAGUCCAGUGAGGCUGAGGACAUGAGUGUUCCUAGAGGAUCCAUUGCACAAUUGGCAGAUGGCACCAUUUCACCAGAUGGGUAUCAGCCACAGCCCAGGGCAGCUGGUGGAAAAGAGAGCUCUGAGGAAGCCCUGUCAGCUACCACUUUGACUUGGACAGGUGGUCUGGUUCCUGGAGUGGACAGAAACCCUUCAGGGAAAUCUCUGGGUCAGCCUCUUGGGGAUGACCUUUUUCAUUCUGGAGAUAUCUUUUCCAAAGACUCUGAGUCUCAGCCCAUGGGGAGAAAAAAAGCCAAGGCAAAGGUGGCAGAGAGCACAGCCAACCCACCAGGGGGAAGUAAAGAAAAGAGCCCCAUGUUUCCUGCUCUAGGUGAGGCAGGUAGUGAUGAUGAUCUCUUUCAGUCUGUUAAACCAAAACCAGCAAAGAAAACAAAUCCCUUCCCUCUCCUAGAAGGUGAGGAUUAUCUCUUUCCAGAUCAGAAAGGCAAGAGGAAUGAAUCAAAAUUCAGUGAUCAGCAAGCUGUCAUCUCAGAAGCACAAGAUAUUUUUGAGGAUGAUAUAUUUGCUACAGAAGCAAUUAAACCCUCACAAAAAACAAGAGAGAAGGAAAGAACAUUUGAAUCCAACUUAUUUAAUGAUAACAUUGAUAUCUUUGCUGACCUAACCAUAAAACCAAAAGAAAAAUCCAAGAAGAAAGUGGAAGCUAAGUCUAUAUUUGAUGAUGAUAUGGAUGAUAUCUUCUCCUCUGGUAUCCAGGCUAAGACAACCAAACCAAAAAGUCAAUCUUCACAGGCAGGACCCAAACCAAGAUCUGAACAGAAGGUGGCCAACAUAUUUGAUGAUCCUUUGAAUGCCUUUGGAGGCCCAUAGAGCAUACAGUGUAUCACAUCUCACUCUUCAGCUAUGUCCAUGAGUUAAUACUGUUGUCUUAUGUGUUCAUUGUCUUAACUGAAUUAUAUAAAGCAAAUACUGAAACAGCAUACUUGCCUCUUAUCAAAUGCACUUAGUAUUUUUCUGCACUGGUUUUAAUCAUGCUUAAUACAGCAAAACAAGAAAUAAAUGUUUCACAGUGGGUUUUUUUUUUAUUAUUAAAAACUAUAAUUUAAUUAGCCUUGGUAAAAAGCCACAGUAUGAUUUAGGUAUAUUAGAGAAGAAAUCUCUCUGUGCCUUUCAUGGAUGGUUAAGGAAUCCUAGAGAUAACAAGCAGAUGUCAGAAUCAUGACCAGGAGUCUUCUGUUUAAGUGGGUGGGAGCUCUAUCUUAGUCAGAACUUGGCCAGAUGAUAGAGGAAGUGGAUGAGAGAUUUAUCUACUUCAUGAAGCUUUGCAGUAGGAGAGAAGGUUUCCACUAAUUCCAUUGAGGUUUCCUUUGGUGCCUCCAUAAGUUCACUAAAGAAAGGUUUGACAAACUAUGGCACUUUACUAUCAGUUUUUGAAAAGAAAGUGUUUUUCUUUUUUUUUAAAUUUAUUGAUUUUAGAAAAAAGAAGAAGGGAACAAGAGAAAGAAACAAAUAAACAAACAUUGAUUUCUUGUUCCACUUACCAUUUUGCCAUGUAUAAAUGUGUACUUUUUCACCUAAAUGUUUGAGGGAAAAAUAAGGAUGCUAUUAUACAUGAGCAGUGCUAUUUCCUUAUCUAGACGAAUGUUUUUAUUCUUGUACUUAUGCUUAUAUGUUAAAAAUGUAACUCUAGAAAGCAUUAAUGGUAUCUAUAUGCAAAAUAAUACCCUCAAAUAUGAUAAUUGGUUUUAUUGAACUUACGAUGAACUUGUAACAAAAGCAGUUUUGGCCAGCGAUUCAAUGACAUGAAAUGAGUGGCAAUGUAUUGUUAUCCACAGAGUAAGAUAGAUGAUGCCAAUUGUUAUCCAUUGAUAAGAUAGGUGAUGCUGACUUUAUUACCAUAAGGUGAACAGUGCAAUAUUUAGGUGGGAGAAAGUAUUGGAAAAUCCCUUGGAAAAUGUCAAAAUGGUUUUCGUACACUGCAAGCUUUAAGCUAAAAGUUAUUAAAUAUGCUAAAAAGCAUGGCAACAGAGCCUGCGGAGAGACACUUUGGACCUGCUCCCCCAGAGAGUGUCAUUAGAUUGUGGAGGCAAUAUGAAGCAAAGCUUUUUCAGAUGCCAGGACAGAAGGCAAUGUGAGGGAAACCUCCAAAAUAACCGGAGGUGGAGUAGGAGGUGAAGGCCUGGAUUCUGGAGAAGCAUCAAACUGAGAUCUGUGUUUCAACCAAGAUAUAAGAGAAGAAGGUAAAACAAUUGCAUGAGACAAAAACAUUGAUGAUUUCUCAGGGACCCCUAAAUGGUGCUUUAACUUUAUGAAGAGAGGUUUGAGCAUGAAGACAUGAACGAAACUUGCCCAAAAACUUCCAGCAGCCCAUGAGAAUCAAGUUUUGGUAUUUCAUUUUUAUGUUCAGUCUUCAAAAGACUUACAACUUUCAGCUGUCCCAAAUCACCAGCAUGGAUGAGGUCCCACUUACAUUUGAUGUGCCAUCCAACAGAACUGUGGACAUGAAAGCGGCAAAGACCAUGGCUGUCAAAACUAGUGCUCUUAAAAAAACACAUUUCACUGUUGUUCUAGCCUGUUGUGCAGCUGGGACAAAGCCACUACCUAUGAUCAUCUUUAAAAGAAAAAUGUUUCCAAAACAAAAGAUUACAAGUGAAGUUAUUGUUCAUGUGCGUGAAAAAGGAUGGAUGAAUGAAAAAGGCAUGAAAAUCUGGUUUAACAAAGUCUGGUCAUGAAGGCUUGAAGAAUUACUGAAACAGCUUUGCUUGUUUUUGGUCACUUCAAAGCCCAUGUUAUACAAAGUGCAAAAGCAAUCGCAGCAAACUUGAAAACCCAACUUGCUGUGAUACCUGGUAGGCAACCAGCCGACUGCAACUUCUUAAUGUGUCAGUAAACAAGCCAUUUAAGAAAGAGUAGACAUUGUAGAUUCAGUCAGCUGAUAAUGAUCUAACACCUAUAGGCAAGAUCAAGAAAGCAUCCAUCACCCAUGUUUGUGAUUGGAUCCUAAGUUCGUGUAACAGUGUCAGGAAGGAAGUGGUCGUGAAAUCAUUUAAAAAAUGUGGCAUUAGCAAUGCUAUGAUGGAACUGAGGAUGAUGAAAUUUACUGGGAUGAGGAAAGUGACUCUUCAGAAGACACCAGUAUUGUAAAAAUUGAAGAAGACAAUACGUCUGAUACUGACUAAUGACUCUUGGCCUUCUGUGAUGUAUAAAUAUCAUAAAUUUGUUACCAGUGUAUAAAA